GCACAAAUAAUUCACCACUUAACGGAUUUUGCGCAUACACAUAGAAUUAUUACUGCAUAACACGAAAACAUGACCUCGUACAGUGUGACGGAUAGUCCGGACACCGUGGACUACAAGACCAAGUGCUGCUGCCAGACGACCGACAAUGUCUUCUAUGCUGUUCCGAAGGAGUACUUUCGCCUCAACCAAAACUUGGCUCGGCGCAAACUCCUUGUAGCGGAGCCCUUCACCGUACCCAUCGACAGCAAGGUCAUGGAUCACCUUCUGGUGCUUCUCGAGAAGGCGACAAUUCUUUCUGCUCAGGCUGUGGGUGAUGAGACGAAGGGUAACAUCAACGACCGCCCGGAAUGGAUGCGCGACCUCAACAAGCGUCAGCAGAAGUUUGUUGGUGCGUGCCUCGGAAUCACAUCUUGGGACGGCAAGGAUAUCCCUUUCUACGUGGAGACGAUGCCGAAGAUCGGCGAUGUCGUCUGGGUUAAGAUCACGCAGGUGAACGAUACAUCUGCUGUGGUGCAGCUGCUGGAGUACGGUAAGCGCGAAGGUGUCAUUCCGUAUACGGAGGUGACUAGGCGCCGUGUGCGUUCCAUGGGUAAGCUGAUUAAGGUGGGUCGCACGGAAGCCGCUCAAGUUAUUCGUAUCGACAAGGACAAGGGCUACAUCGAUCUUUCCAAGAAGCUCGUGACGCCGAACGAGGCGAAAGCUUGCGAAGCGCAUUUCCGUCAGGGCAGCGAGGUCCGCUCCAUCAUCUGUCACGUGGCAGACGAGUGCGACAUCAACGGCAUGACGGCCAUGGAGACGAUCGCGUAUCCGCUCUACCAGCGUGAACAGGGCAAACACGCCUGGUCGUGGCUGUCUGAGCUGAACCAGACCCAGGAUGUUGACCGCAUUCUUGGCCCUCUCAACAUUGAGAAGCGCGUCGUUGAUACUCUUAUGUUGGCACUUAAAAACGCGAUGCGCAUGAAGGUUCUCACUCUGUUCUCUGAAAUUGAAAUUACGUGCUUUGCGUGCGACGGCGUCGAGGCAAUCCGUGACACCCUCAUUCUCGGUCGCGAAUUCGGCGAAGGAAAAGAGCCGCAGAUCAGUCUAACUGUCAACAUUAUUGGCGCUCCAAAGUAUGGCAUUCGCGCGCGUACCGACAUGAAGGAGGAAGGAAUUCAACGCAUGAAAGAGGCAAUCGAAGCUAUGAAGGCGGAGAUCACGAAACGUGGAGGUCAGCUGAAGGUAGUGAUACCUCCCCAACCGCACGGGGACACCGAUAAGAAUGACAAAGGCUCCGACGGUGACGAUGAUGAUGAUGAGGACGCUGAUUAA